GAGCGCCUCGCCGAGCUCCGAUAAAAGCCCGCGUUCUCCCUGCCUCCCACCUAACGUUCUCCCAGCCUCCAGUCCACCCUACCACGGACGCGCGCGCGCGCUCUAGCUCGCUCUCGCUCCCGCGUCUUCUUGACCUUUCAGCCCGCCGAGAGGUGCCGGCAGGUCGGCGAACCCGCGCCCGCGCGCGCUCUCGCUCUCGAGUCGUAGCCGCUCUCGCGUCCUGACCUUUACCCCCGCCGAGAGGUGCCGGCAGGCCGGCGAACCCGCGCCGGCAUGGCGGCGACGGAGGGAGCAAUGCGGAUGGGCAAGUACGAGAUGGGGCGGACGCUGGGGGAGGGGCACUUCGGCAAGGUGAGGCUGGCGCGGCACGCCGACACGGGCCGGCCCUUCGCCAUCAAGAUCCUCGACCGCCAGCGCAUCCUCGCCAUGAAGAUCGACGAGCAGGUGCGCGCCCCCUUCCGCCCAAUCCAUGGAUCGAUCCCUGGAUUCUUUCGUCUUGCUUGCUCAUUCGUGGCUGUGGUGGCGCAGAUAAAGACGGAGAUCGCGACGCUGAAGCUGCUCAAGCACCCCAACGUCGUCCGCCUCUACGAGGUUGCCGCAAGCAAGACCAAGAUAUACAUGGUCCUCGAGUACGUAAAUGGUGGAGAGCUAUUUGAGAAAAUUGCACUAAAGGGCAAGCUGCCAGAGAAGGAAGGGAGGAAACUGUUCCAGCAGCUAAUGGAUGCUGUAAGCUAUUGCCACGAGAGGGGGGUUUAUCAUAGGGACCUUAAGCCCGAGAAUGUCCUGGUUGAUGCGAAAGGGAACAUAAAGGUCUCUGAUUUCGGACUGAGCGCCCUUCCACAGCAUCAACGGAAAGAUGGAUUACUGCAUACCACAUGUGGCAGCCCUAACUACAUAGCCCCUGAGGUCCUUCUCAACAAAGGCUAUGAUGGCUCCAUGUCAGACGUAUGGUCCUGUGGCGUUAUCCUCUAUGUGAUGCUUACAGGGAAUCUUCCGUUCGAUGACGAAAAUAUGGUUGUCCUUUAUCAGAAGAUUCUGAAAGGGGAUUAUCGUAUUCCUAAAUGGCUUUCGCCAGGAGCCCAAGAUAUACUGCGAAAACUCCUGGAUCCGAACCCCAUUACUCGCCUUGGCAUGGAUGGAAUGAGGGCGCAUGAUUGGUUCAAUCAAUGUUAUACUCCAGCAGUGCCUUUUGAUGAUGAUGACGAUAAUUACGUUGGCGAUGACAACUCCCACAUGACCAAGCACAAUGGCAUUCAAGACAACCCCGCAAUCAACCAGAUGAAUGCUUUUCAACUCAUUGGAAUGUCCUCGUGCCUUGAUUUAUCUGGGUUUUUUGAGAAAGAAGAUGUCUCAGAAAGAAAAAUCAGAUUUGCAUCAAACUAUCCCCCUACUUAUCUAUUUGAGAAGAUAGAGAGCAAUGUCAUAAAUAUGGGCUUCCAAGUACAGAAGAACAACGGCAAGCUAAAAGUGAUCCAAGAGCGCAAGGGACCAACAAAUCCAAGAGGGCAUGGAUCAUUAUUAAUCUCUGCUGAGGUGUUUGAGAUCAAUGAAUCUCUUUAUGUUGUUGAGCUAAAAAGGUCAUGUGGAGACUGUUCCCUAUACAGACAGCUGUGUGCAACGCUCUCAGACGACUUGGGAAUAUGCAAAAGCCAGCAACUUCUGAAGAAGGACUCCAUGAGACAAGAGCUUUAUCGAUAUAAUAGUAGCUUUUGAUAAAAGGCCCCCCUACCUUUUUUCUAGCAAGCCUACUAGGUAAAAGGGUCCUCCCUUUUUGACAAGAGGACCCAGGCCACCACUAGGUACCAUGUAUGUCACAUUUUUGUAAAACCAACUUGUAGAUAUACAAGUUACACCAUUCAAAUACCAAAUAUUGACCAUCCAAGGAAAAAAAAGAUUUCUCUUGGAUGGUUCAUCGUAAUUUUAUCUUUUUUACUUUGGGCUACCCUCCUUGGGCAUAUUUGCUACUGACUUUGUGUGAAAUAUGAUGUAAACAGUUGAAGUGUACAUAUAAGAAUUACCUGAUCUUUGUUUCACCUCUUAA